CAUGAAUGUAAUGAGUCGUAUGCUAGACCACAACACACUGCCCGGGGGUGGUCCAACUGCUCCAGAACACUUCCUUACAGAGUUUCUGCAGGGUGGUCAUGGCAGGUGUCUUGAGGACGAGCCUUGGACUAACAAGUUAAUCGAAGGGACCACUGAAUUCACACUAGCUGGGGAACUCUUCAAUGCUAGCAAGCAAUGUCAGUAUGUCUUUGGCAUGACCUCUCGCAUCUGUCCCUAUAUGCCAACUUGUAAGCGGUUGUGGUGUACUACCUCCCUAGAUGAGAAGGAAGGCUGCCGGACACAACACAUGCCCUGGGCAGACGGCACUACGUGUAGCACAGGUAGCUGGUGUCUGAGGGGAAAGUGUGUUCCCAAGGAUAAGAUGGCCAUGCAGAAAGUGCAUGGUGACUGGGGUGAAUGGCUAGAGUAAGUUUAUAUUGAUAUUUGCCAUAUAUUGAUUAGUAUUAUUUGUAUAUUCAAUGAAGGGCUGGUCCCAGUACGUAAAUAACCCUCACAUAGGAGAAUUAAACUUAUGACAACAUUUUGGUCUGGCUUGGACCAUUAUCUAAUCAUAAUAUUGUGCCUUAUUAUUUUCUGGCUAGUCCCAAAUCUAUACACUAUCAUAACAUACAGGAGUGAGACAUAUGAGAGGAAGUGUAAAAUAGGAGCGAAA